UCCUGGCUUUAUUGACCCUCAGUUCAGACAUCGAAUGAUACAAUGUGUUGUAGCUAAUGUCGGUUAUCUUAACACAAAAUAAAGAAGAAUGGCGUUGCUUUUCCUAGAAGGUUAGCGUAUUUUAGCCUUUCCUAAACUGCUGCCUAAAUUAACACUUAAAGGAGCUCCAUGGGCAAUCCGAUGUCUGCACUGGCCAUGCAGCAUUUACGGUGAUACAGCCUCAGGAGUCAGGGCAUUCAUGUUAAUGCGUAGCUAUAUGGAGCCGUACAUAUUGUUAUAACAUUUGAGAGGCUAAUGGCGAUGCGGUACUGAGUUCAUUUUCGCCUCUACUGUAACGUUACAUGCCUCUGUAGGAUCCGCUACUGAGUCACACCAUCCAUUUUGUACUUUUUAUUUUACUAGGCAAGUCAGUUAAAGAACAAAUUCUUAUUUUCAAUGAAGGCCUAGGAACAGUGGGUUAACUGCCUGUUGAGGGCAGCUCGGGGAUUUGAACUUGCAAACUUUCGGUUACUAGUCCCAACACUCUAACCACUAGGCUACCCUGCCGCCCCAUCCAUAUGGCACCAUCGACCACAUUUCGGAUCAAGCAUAAAUUGUCUCUUAAAUGCACUGCAUGUUCAAUCUGAGGUCUGCAUUGGCCUUGCAGCAUUUAUAUGAUAUUGCCUCUGCAGAAGUCCGGAAGUGCAUUCAUAUUUCUGCUUCGCAGAGCUAUAUGGGAGGUCCUGUAAAACAAACUAACUUCAUUGACAAUUUAUUUUACAACUACUCUGCUCGGCGAAGCGGAAAAAGUAUGAAUGCCCUGACUUCUGCAGAGGCGGUAUCAGCUGCACGGCCAAUGCUGAUGGCAGUUGACCAUGGGGCGCCUUUAACCUGCUACGAAAAAGUUACGUUUUAACUGUACCCACUCUAGUCAGAACCGUGUUUUUCUACAGAAUUUGAGCAUCAACGAGCGAAGCGAUCCAAUGAAAGCGCUUCGAGUGGCAGAAGGCGUGUGCUAGGCCUUUUGCGGAAUAUAUUUAUAAACUAUAUAUAUUUCCCAAAGGUAUAAACCACUCCAGUUUUCUAUUCUAAUAAAGGCCAUGUUAUUUUCUGCGAAAGUUAUGUAUAGGCUUUUUCUAUCUGCAAUUAAUUAGUGCAACAAACCAAAGUCAUUUUGAAAAGUUACCAUUGUAAUCUAUGCUAUUUUAAGGCGUUUGUAUGGGGAAUUUAACAACAUGUGGGGUUGGAUUGAUUAUUACAGUGAGUUAAUCGUUAUUCCAGCCUUGCAAUGAUUCUGCUCAACCACGGGCCCUUUAAAAAGGAUGGAGGAUGAGGGAAAUAGGCGGAGCAUACAGGCUCAACGUGUUGCUGUUGGCGCUGCAGUAUUGAGCUCUACUCUGCAGUGCUAUCACAGUCUACAGUAACACCGCAAUAUGAAGUCUGCCGAAAUCACCCGCUCUCCAUCAACACUCCGGGCAGUCUUUGUGACAGGUAUGAUUACGGGUGCCUAAUCAGCAUGGGGACCCAACAUAGGAGGACGGAUGCCAGCUGAGCCCCUCAACUCACCAGACCAUCGCUGUUGUCAAUAUCCCAGAAUUCUCAGCUACGCCCCUGAGAAGGCCUUCUUGCAAACCCUUGGAGCCAUGGAACACAAAAUACAACAGAGGGACAAAAACAGGCCCAGCUACUUUGGCAACGUCAAGACCAGACUGGGGUCCAAGCUCCCUGUUGGGGACACCCAGUCCCCCAGGUUCAUUUCCAGACCCUUGGAGACAGGGCCUCAGACCGACCCAACCAAGGAGGCCAGGGCCAGCGGUCAGGGCCACCGUGCCGUGGGGCGUCCCCUUGACCACGUCCCCCACAUCCGGAACCCUCGACUGCGACAGUAUUACCUCCAAGAGCCUAGAUGGGGAACGGAGGGAACCAUGGCCAAGUCCAUGGGCAGAGAUCACCUGUCAGAUGACAAGGUAGACACUAUGGCUCACCAUGAAGACACAGUGUUCAGUGUCACCUCCAAGUGCAGUAGCCUGGCAGAUCAGACUAAGCUGAACAGGCAGCUCUCCAUCUCUUCCUCCCUCAUCUCCCGGCAGAACCUCCGCGUUCCCAAGAGUAAAGGCUCUGGCCCAGGCUUAUCUCCCGCAGUGAUGCACCUUGACCCCAACCUCAGGCUGGAGCCAGAGUUGGACACUAACCCAGGGCUUGGGCUUUUUCCGGCCCCAUCUGCCAGCCCUCACUCCCCGUCACCAGAUGCAGAGUAUGACAAACUACUGGAUGUGGAGGCGGUGCCAAUGCCUGACGGACAGCUCUGCCUACUGGCCCUCCCUCCCGAGUGCUCCCAAAGGGAAGGGCAAGCCGCCAUGCCAUAUCUCAAAUUGUUCUGCCGCUACAUCACUGACCGCAAGGGUGUGGUUUCUGGUAUCUUGCUAGUGACGUCCAAUAAGAUCUUCUUUGACCCGUGUAAGACCCACCCGUUGGUGAUGGAGCACGGCUGUGAGGAGUACCUGCUGUCCUGCUCAGUGGACAGCCUGGACUCUGUCUCGUUCUACUCGGACAUUUCCCACGUGCACUUCAACACCUCCACACACAGGUGGAAAGGAACUAAAAAUACCCAGAAAACUGUCUCCAAAACUGGCAAGACGCUCCAGCAGGGUGGGAGGCGAAGCAGCCGUAGCCCACAGCACAAGAGGGAGACUGUCCCAGUGCUGGUCUCUGCUGCUACGUCGGAGCUGAGGUCUUCCCUGGCUCUCAGCCUAGUGCAAGGGUUCGCUGAGGAGGAGAGUAGCAGUGACAUGACUCAGGCAGAGAAGCAGCUGGAGGGGAAGGGAAGCCCACUGGAAGAGCUGGUUGUGCAGUCAUCCGGGCCUGAGCUGAGCAGUGCUGCCACCUUUUGUUGUGGAGGACAAGUAGCAGCAGGGACGAGAAAUCUAGUGAUAAUGGAGCAGGUGGACAGAAAGGAGACUGAGAAGGAGCAGUCUGUGAGGAAUCAGACGUCAGGCCUCUCUAGACCUUCAGGGACUUUUGGGUGUCUCAUGUUUGUCAGACUGCGGCUCCAGGGGUCCGCUGGGAAGAAGGGUGUGGCUGCAGGCUUGCAGCUGGGGACAACAAAAACCUUACCCCGGAGGGAUGCCUGGUUCGCCUUUUCCCAGGAGAGCUCAGACGAGCUCUACGCCUAUCUGAGCCACUGGAGGCCUGACCUAUGCGUACUGGAGGGAGGGUCGGAGGAGGGGGAGGGCGACAAAGACGAGUUUGUACUGGUUGACAACGGGGAGGAGGAGGAGGAAGAAGUGUCCAAGAACCACGGACGGACUGGGGAGGACUGGGAGAUGGUGUCAGUGGAGGAUGGUGGCGGGAGACUACCUCUGGUCAUGGACAAAGAUCCAGAGGGACUGUGUGAGAUCGUGGAGCAGAGUCGCAUCUUGGACGCAACGCUUGUCAGAGAGCUCUCAGCCGAGUUGCCUCCCAGGACAGUGGGCCACAUGUGGCAUCUGGCCUACAGCACUUCUCUUCACGGCUCCAGCCUCAAGUCCCUCUACCGGAAGCUGAACGGCAGCGACUCGCCUGUACUCAUGGUCAUCAAGGACUCGCUCAAUCAGGUGUUUGGGAGCUUUCUCUCUCACCCACUGAGGCCGAGUGAGACCUUCUAUGGCACAGGAGAGACAUUCCUCUUCAUGCUGCAUCCUCGAUUCAAGUGUUUCAGAUGGACAAGAGAGAACUCCUUCUUCAUAAAGGGAGACCUGGACUCUUUUGCUAUCGGAGGAGGAAGUGGUCACUUUGGCCUGUGGCUGGAUGAGACUCUGUACCUGGGCAGGAGUAGCCCCUGUUACACCUUCAACAACUGCUGCCUCUCAGAAAGAGACGACUUCCACGUCAUAGAGCUGGAGGUGUGGACAUUCUGGUGAAGGCCUGCCCUCUUCAACUUGCUUAGCAACACCCACUCAUGAUGUCUGGCUGUCCAAUGACUGCUUUAAACAAGACUCUAGAACAAUGAGUUGGAUGUACCUCACUAUUUUGACUUAAUUCUGUGGUUUUGGGCUGCGAAAAUGAACUGUGAUUAUUCUGAACCCUAUCUCUGAAUGUGGACCAAACCACUAGGUGGAGGAGGGGUGCUGGUGGUUUGGGGCUGAGGUUGUAGCUUCACUGUAUUGGAAGACCCCCCCACACACACACACUCUUUCGCAGGUUGGUAUGGUCCUCACGGUCAUCUGACUCUGCCUUGUGGAUACUGUAGUUCAGUGGUGGAAUUCACAUCUUCUAGCAAUGGAUCUCCAUCUGAAGGCCUACCUGCAUGUGUAAGCCUGCAUUUCCGCCCCAGCACAAUUGGCACUGUUAUUCUGGCACCAUUUUUUUUUAACACAUCUUUUUGCUGCCUGUGAAUCGCUAACCUGAAGGUGGCUGUCUCUUUUUGUAAAAUGGAGGAACUGAAAUUCGAAGAACUAGGGGCUCACUAUGCCCCUUUUUGCAUAUAGACCAAAUUAUAUGAACUGAUGUACACAUUUAGUCAAAGUGAACAAAAAAAAGGACUUGGGGGAACAUGGUCUAACCUAAAUAUUUAUAGAAAUGUUUUAUGUUACCCAAUCAAACAAUACAUGAAAGUUGCUGUCACUGAUCAGAAGUUAGAUCGAUGUUCCCACAAUAUAACAAGUAGACAAAAUGUGAAAAAUGUGGCUAAUGUUAUUUAUAACAUGUCUUUAUCUGAUACUUUUUGAGAAAAUCGAUUUCAUCCAGUGGUCAUUGCAAGCUUACGGGACUGAAAAUAACAAUCAAGACUCAAUCUAUUUUAAUUUUUUUUUGCACAAAAUUAGGCACAAAUAGUCGAAGGUUAUUUCAAGGGGAUGACUACCUCUGCAAUGCUAACAUGUGCCUACAUUGCAGUGCUUAAAAGGAAAGAUUCAACCAUUUUGAAUGUUCUAUCGUAUUUGUGCAUCUCUGAGCGAUGUUCUAUCAAUUCCUAGGGUCCUUUCAUGUUUAUCUGAACUAUUUGCUGUUCAAGCAGGCAAAAAAAUACAGCCUGCUUGAACAGCGAAUAGCUCAGAUACACAUGAAAGGACCCUAGGAAUUGAUAGAACAGUGAUGCACAUAUGAUAACAUUCAAAAUGGGUGAAUCUUUCCUUUUAGAGGAUGGGGAAAUGAAAUUUUGUUAAGAUAUUACCUGUUUCAAGUGUCAAUGUACACGUGGUAGAACCCGAAGAAUAUCAGUAAGUCCAUUUCAUCUCGCUCUUAAUAACUGUUGAUUGUGUUAGAUAAUAUUUGGUGUAGUCACACUUUAAAUUCUGAUCUCAUGGGUAAGGUGUUAAUUAACCUGUAGUUCCAUAACAUGAGAUCUACAUCAAUGUUUUUGCUUCAUAGGAAAGCAAUUACAUUACAAUUGUGCCAGCAUCCAACUUUUUGUGUUUCCAUGACAGCUGUUGGUGACCUCGGGAACAGAGCAGGGGUGUUGCCUGCAGAGGUUUUAGCAAUGGCAUCAGGCCUUGGCCAGCCAACUUUGGACUUUCAGGCAGGCCCUCAAACUGCUAAAACUCCAGAGGGAACGACUUUACCUGCUCUGCCACUCCAACAAUGACUGACAAAGUAUUACAAAAAUCGAUGGUUCUUUACAUAUUGCAAAACAGUGCUUAUUAAGAAACCACUAAUUAGUACAAUG